AUGGCCGAGCCUAUUCGAAACAAGCGCUCUGAGUAUACUGCGCCUACACCGCAGAAUACGCCAGCUGCUACCGCGCCCAUAACCUCCCGCGCCCAGCAGCCCGGAGUGGCCAGCAUCAAAGAAGAUGAUAUGGAACGAGCAGCUGCCGCCUCUCUCCUGGCGCAAAACCCCAAACUCGUGCAGAUGAUUCAAGGGCGACUUGGCUCUCUCAUUGGACAGUCUUCUGGUUACAUAGAAUCCCUUCCCGCCCCUGUCCGUCGUCGGGUUUCAGGGCUGCGAGCCAUUCAGAAAGAUCAUGCCAAAUUGGAGUCUGAAUUCCAAGAGGAAGUUCUUCAGCUUGAGAAGAAAUACUUUGCCAAGUUUACUCCUCUGUACGAGAAGCGAUCUGCCAUCAUCAACGGCAAUGUGGAGCCCACGGAGGAGGAAGUCAAGAGGGGAGAUGAGGACAACGAGGAUGAAGCAGAUGCAGCGGAGCCCGCUGAGGAGGCCGCACAGCCCGAUGACUUGGCUGAGGCCGUGAAGGGAAUUCCUGAGUUCUGGCUGUCUGCCAUGAAGAACCAAGUUACCCUUGCGGAGAUGAUUACCGACCGGGACGAAGCUGCUUUGAAGCAUCUUACCGAUAUCCGCAUGGAGUACCUUGACAAGCCGGGCUUCCGCCUCAUUUUCGAGUUCGCCGAGAAUGAGUUCUUCUCAGACAAGACUCUCACCAAGACGUACUUUUACCAGAACGAGAGUGGCUACGGCGGCGACUUCAUUUAUGACCAUGCUGAAGGCCACAAGAUCGAUUGGUACCCCGGUAAGGACCUCACGGUCCGUGUCGAGGCCAAGAAGCAGAGGAAUAAGAACACCAAGCAGACCCGUAUCGUUAAGAAGUCGGUGCCGACGGAGUCCUUCUUCAACUUCUUCUCCCCUCCCAAGCCUCCUACCGACGAUGCUGAUCCAGAAGACGAUGUUACAUCAGACAUCGAGGAGCGUCUGGAGCUAGACUACCAGCUUGGUGAGGAUAUCAAAGAAAAAUUGAUCCCACGUGCGGUUGAUUGGUUCACUGGUGAGGCACUUGCAUACGAAGAAUAUGAUGAGGAUGAUUUGGAAGCCGGUGACUACGACGACGAAGAUGAUGAUGAGGACGACAUGAGCGAGGAUCACGAUGAUGACGAGGAGUCUGAUGAGGAUGACGAGUCUGGAAAGCCCAAGCAAGAGGCAGCCGAGUGCAAGCAGAGCUAA